GGGCACUGCCGUUCGGUUCUCUUACGGAGUCUGAGCGUGACAUAUACUAGGCAAAACCUGGCCGCUCCGCAGAUAGAAACCAGGAGUAUUUCAUAAGUAUUUCUUGGUUGGUUUAACUCUUUCUUCGUAUCUCGAAGUAACCCGCGUUCAUUCAGAAAUAAAUCUGAAGAACUACUUUGCCUUGGCCGAAGGCAGACUCGCAAUUAUGCUGCCGCGGGUGCCUGGCUCCCUUGCUCAAAUCGGCACAUUGACGAGGUGUUUGCGGUGGAAGGCAGCGCAUCAGCAUUAAACAAAUCAACCCAUCUUCCGUUCUCUCGGCUCUCUGGCCCCCAGCCAUGAACUACUCCUACCUGUGUGCGCACCCUGCCUCUCACCCUUUCCCCAGCCCGUACAGCGCUGCCACCAGCCCUCCCACCUGGCUGGAUCACGGACCCUUCCUGCCACCCAUCCACGGCUACCCUCCGCGACCCUUGACCCUGGUCUCGCAGGACUGGGGGGGCGGACACGUGGAGUACCAUCACUUCUACGGACUGAACCCUCUGGCCCUGCUCAGCCCGUACUGGCCCUGGCCUUACUCACAGCCCGCCCGGCCCCAGGGCUACGGGCCGGGCCGCUCGCAGGCCCAGAUCGAGGGCAGCUGGCCGGAGGGCUUCACCCUGAGGGGCGAGCUGCGCUGGGGCAAGCUGGACAGGGUGUACGGGCCCCGCCGGGAGCUGCCCGACUUCGUGAAGGAGGACCUGCGCAGGGUGUACGGCACCUACCCCCGCACCGACCUCUGCGUGACCUUCCAGGGCGGGGAGUAUGUGGUGCGCGGAGACCCCAGGGUGGGCGAGCAGGAGUACAAGGUGGAGAAGAAGGUGAUGCGGCAGGUGGAGACGCCGGAGGAGGGCAGUACCAGUGAGACAGCGGAGAAGAGGAAGAAGCAGAAAAAGAAGGCAAAGUAGCGAGGCUGGGUGGGCCGAAAGCAUGCGUUUUUUAUUAAGGGGUUAGGAAAGGUUUUCCCAUCUCCAGCCUUCGGGGGCGGGGGGGGGCUAGAAUCCGGCCAGUUUUCCAUGUCUCCUUAAUUUAUAAACAGCUCAUCACGUGGGAGAACUGUCAAAGUUAUCCAGUUCGGGUUUAACUAGAUUAAUUCAUCCUGUGUCCACCGUACUGAACUGCUGAUGAUUUUAAAGAGGCACGGAAAACCAGCUGGAGUCUGGACCCCAGGGACCAGAGAUGGGAACCCCUGGGUUAGACAGACACUGACUGAUGUGAUUCACGCUUUCGGCUGAAGAGCAGUCGCAGGACUGUGUCUUGAAUACUUCAUCCUCCAGGAGAGAAUUGAAAGAAACUGCUUCAGCUGGUGAGAGAGGAAAGGAAUUCUUCUGACAUCUUUCGUUUAAGGUUUCUUUUGUUGUCAUUAAUUAUCCUCAAAAUGUGGUUGCAGUUUUUUCAUGCAGGCUGAGCAUGAGGCUCACUGGUUUGAGCCUUGAAGCCCUGCAGGCCAGACAUCACUGGUUUGAGCCUUGAAGCCCUGUGGGCCAGACAUCACUGGUUUGAGCCUUGUUGAGCUGCGUGUCAUUAGCUAACUGACUCUCCCAGAGAGAACAGUGAAACACAAACAAGAGGACAGGAGUGGAAACUAUGUAAAAAUGCAUUUCAAACCAAGAACAGGAAGUACUUUAUUUACAAAAAGGGUUGUGAGAGUGUGGAACAAGCUUCCCAGCUUCAUUGUGAUGUAUACAUCUUAGCAUCAUUAAAAUAACAUAAAGGUUAACACACAGUGAGGUCAAUACAUUAGCAUUUCCUAGUAAAAGGUGACAUCAUGUGCAUAUUAGACACUGGGAAAGCAUUACUGUGCUGUUUGUUGCCUGUCAGUUUAUAUCACAUGGAGUCAAUUCAGCUGUAAAUUUUGGCAGAAGAUGUUAACUUGGUGUUCUGGCCUGGAUCAUGCAACAGAGGAUGCUGUGUUUGAGGCCUGCCAUUUUGUGCUUGCUAUUGUGCCAAAUCAGUGUUACAUCUUGUCCUGAAGCUUCUCCUUUCAAUGUAUCAGUCUUGAAAAGGGCAGAAAAGUGGUUUGUGUUUUUUUACGGUUUGGUUGUGCCAUAACAACUUCAAUUAUGCUGCUAGUGAUUGUUCCUUCCGUGGCAUUUUAGUGAUGACAUGGGUACUUUGUAGCCUUUGUCAAUUAUCAGUUUUCAAAAGAGGCUUUUCCUUAGAUGCUCAAAGGCUGUUUAACACCAUACACUCAGUAUUCAAGGCCAGAUCUAUAGCACAGGUACCUUGAAAGAGUAUUCACAGCCUCUCAAUAGUCUCCCAUUUUGUGAAAUUACAAAAUGAUGCAUACACAUUUUUAAACUUAAUGUUUUUAAACUCAAUGCUUCUGAAAUGGAAGAAUUCUAAGCAUAAUAUAAGUUACAGUAAAUGUCAAAACGACUAAAGAGAAAGAACCAUUCCACUCAGCUACAAGUCUUUUGGGGUACGUCUCUACCAACUCAGCACACUGGCUCGAUGCCAUUUCUUUCCAUUUUUCUUGGCAGAUUUAUUUAAGCUCUCUCAAGUUGCUUGGGGAUCAUUAAUGGACAGCUGUUGUCAAGUCAGGACUUUUACUUGUAACAGUCAAGGACGUUCAACUUUUGUGUUCUUAACCCACUCACUGUAGCUAUGGCCUUGCACUUUGGGUCACUUUCUCUUGCUGAAAGGUGAAUUUUAGAUCUUCAACAGGCUCUCCUGUGGGAUUUGCCAGCACUUGACUCAUUCUACAGUACGUUCCCAUCAGCCUAGACGAGCUCCUCACAUCUUGCUGAUGAGAAGCGAAACCAUGGGGGUCCCCAGGCCUGGUUUUGUGCGCCCCUUGGUCGACACCUGUGAUAUUAGUAACGGCUAUUGUGCACUGUAGGUAUCAAUGGAAGUGUACCUUUUUAAGUCUAGUGAACUGUUAACAUUUCUUCAAUGCUUCAUAUUGACAAAUUUCCACAAGAUGGGUGCCUGAUUAGGCCACCUAACAUUAACAUUAUUGAACAAACUCCAAAGUGUAAACGUGCUUUUGCCUUUUCUUCUAUCAAAAAAAUAAAAUGUGUAAAUGCAAUGUAUGUACAAUAAAGAAGGG